GGACUGAUUUUUCGUGUAACAUUCCAAUCUGAACGAAUGGCGUGUCGCGCAUCACCAACGGCAAAACACGAGUUUGUAACGGGCCACUCCUCAUCAUUCAUGAGUUAUUACACAAUGCUCGUUUUCAACGUUGUUUUUUAGUAUUAUUCUUCGUCACACGUUACGCGGUGAUGCUUAUCGUGCGCAGCUGUCUGUGAUACGUGAUCUCGAUCAGUUCAGCCAAUAAAUUGUGACCCUAAGAAAAAUGCUGAUCUGGAUUCUUUUGUCAUUCCUGGCUUUUGGAGAUGGCCAGUUCACCCAAGAACCUACUGAAUCUACUUCUAGACUUCCAUGGAAUCGAUAUGACGACAGGGAUCAGAACACAGGUUUUGGAUACUAUGGAAAUCCCUAUGGUUCAAAUGAAAAUGUCAUAAUUCAAGAAUCCAUGUACUUUGUAGUAGCAUCUCGCAUGGUCAGACCUGGUCAAGUGUACCGAAUUGCUGUGAACAUCCUUCGCAGUCGACUACCCAUGGUAGUACGUUCAUCUAUACAACGCAAUGGUGUGGAAAUUGCAACAGACCAUCAGGAAGUGAAAGAGGGCAUACCAGAAACCCUAAUGAUGCGUAUGCCAUCUACUUCUGUAGGUGGUGACUAUAACCUACGUGUAGAAGGACUAUAUAAUAAUUUGAAGGGUGGUCAAGCCUUUUUGAAUGAAACCAAGCUGAUAUUCUCUCAACGUUCCAUGACCAUCUUCAUACAAUUAAACAAGCCAGUGUACAUGCAGGGCGAGACAAUACGAUUCAGGACAAUUCCCAUAGACACUGAGCUGAAAGCCUACAAUAAUCCUGUCGAUGUAUACAUGCUGGACCCGAAUAGACGAAUCAUGAGAAGAUGGCUCAGCAGACAGAGCAAUCUCGGCACUGUGUCGCUGUCGUAUCAGCUGUCCGAUCAGCCAGUAUUUGGCGAAUGGAUCGUGCAGGUGAUCGCGCAGAAUCAAGUGGAAGAGAAGAAGUUCAUCGUAGAGGAAUAUUACCAAACGCGCUUUGAGGUAAACGUAACGAUGCCGGCGUUCUUCUUCGACAACGACCCCUACAUCUAUGGUAUUGUCCAGGCGAAUUACACGUCUGGCGCGCCAGUAAGAGGUAACUUGACCCUGAAAGCCAGUUUCAAACCGCUAGAGAGAACACGCAAUCCCGCUAUUGCGAUCGAACCAAUCGAGAGAUAUUUCAGCUUCAAUGAGUACUAUCCGUCUUGGUUCAGAUCGCUCAAUCUGUAUGAAGAGAACAUACCCGUCCUGAGAUUUUUUAACGGCACGUACUACUUCCGGUAUCCCAUGAGUGAACUGUUGAAUUUUGCGACGUCCAUCGACGGCAUGGAGGUCACUGUGGUCGCGACGGUAGGCGAGAGAUUCUUGGACGAGGUGAUUGUCGGCUAUGCCACAGCGAGAAUCUUCAAUUCCACUACGAAGGUGCGCUUUCUCGGCGGCAGUCCGCAGGUUUUCAAGCCGGCGAUGCCUUUCACACUGAACCUGGUCGCAUCUUUCCACGACGACUCGCCGUUGCGUCCCACGCAGCUCAGGGACGCUGUGAUGGAGAUCCAUGCGGACGUUGAAUCGCGCAGCGGCGGACGUCGCACUAUCGGCAACCAGUACCUCAGAUCAUCUCCGGAGCACGAGGGCAUCUGGUCCAUAAAGAUGGAUCUAAGAAAGCAGCUCGGACUGGAAAACGACAUUGAUCGCGCCCAUCAAGUACUGAACGACAUCACCUCUAUGAGGGUAUUCGCGCAUAUCACCGACGGCGAGGGCUACAGAGCGCAAGCCGAGCUGCUGAUGCUCGUUCAUGAGUCGCCGAAUUUACAGCACAUCAAGAUCUCGACGUCCACCGAGAAUCCUAAAGUCGGCGAAUAUAUGGUGUUUCACGUACAGACCAACUUCCAUAUUGAGACCUUCAACUAUCUCAUCAUGUCAAAGGGUAUAAUACUGUUGACUGGAGAGGACAACAUGCAGCACAGCAUCACGACCUUCGCUAUUCCUCUGAGUUCCGAGAUGGCUCCAGUCGCGACCGUCUUGGUAUACUAUCUGGGUCUUCAUGGCGAGGUGGUGGCGGACUCGCUGACGUUCCCUGUGAACGGUAUUUCGCGCAAUAACUUCACCGUGUUCAUCAACAACAAGAAGGCGAGGACAGGGGAACGCGUUGAGGUGGCAAUCUACGGCGAACCCGGCGCAUACGUCGGACUAUCAGGCAUCGACCGUUCCUUUUACACCAUGCAAGCUGGCAACGAAUUGACGUACGCAAAUGUCAUUACUAAGAUGGCACACUUUGACGAGGAGACUAACGGCACCCACUCGCACAGUUGGCAGUAUCAUGACGGUGACCCGGACGAGGUCGUGUACUACCCGUCGUCCACCUUCGGCAUCGACGUCAAUCGCACGUUCGAAUACAUCGGCCUGGUGGUCUUCACAGACGCGAUUAUAUAUCGUAGAUCUGAUCUCUGUAAUCAAACUCAAGGAUACGGCGAGUGUCUGUCCGGUCGAUGCUAUCGGCUGGAGAAGAAAUGUGACGGUGUGUUCGACUGUGAGGACGGUUCAGACGAGGUGCGCUGUGUUGAACGGAAUGCCACCGAAUUGGCGUUGUUCCGCAAGUGGCGGUUCAACCGGAUUCAACGGCACUAUGAAAACAUCUGGCUGUGGAAGGACAUCAAUAUCGGUCCGCACGGCAGGCAGAUCUUCAACAUCGAUGUGCCCCGUAGGCCGGUUCAUUGGAUGAUAACUGCGUUCAGUAUGUCACCCAGUAUCGGUUUCGGUAUGCUGACAAAGGCGCUCGAGUACACCGGUGUAUUGCCGUUCUACAUAAACGUGGAAAUGCCAACUCGCAGCAGACAAGGCGAACAGAUCGGCAUCCGAGUGUCUGUCUUCAAUUACAUGUGCUACAACAUUGAGGCGACGGUGAUUUUAGAAGGCUCCAAGGAUUACAAAUUUAUUCAUGUUGAGGACAACGGUAUUGUGCAGUCGUAUAAGCCGCGCACCUCCUUUGGCGAGCACCAAUUCUUCAUCUGGAUACCCGCGCAGGACGCUUCCAUUGUCUACCUACCUAUCGUGCCAGUGAGACUCGGGGACAUUCAGAUUCGCGUGCACGCAAACACCCUGAUCGGCAGAGACUCGGUGACUCGCACAUUGCACGUGGAGGCUGACGGAGUGCCGCAGUAUCGGCACGAGUCGAUCCUGUUGGAUCUCAGCAAUCGCGCUUACGUGUUCCAAUAUAUGCACGUCAACGUCACGGAGACGCCUAUUAUACCGUACGACGAGAACCGUUACUACGUGUUCGGUUCUAACAAGGCGACCAUCAGUUUAGUGGGUGACGUAGUGGGGCCAAUCUUCCCGACGAUGCCGGUGAACGCGACGAGUCUCUUGAAUCUGCCCAUGGACUGUGCCGAACAGAACAUGUUCAGCUUUGCCGCCAACAUGUACACCACUCUGUACAUGCGCUUAAUCAACCAGCGCAAUCGCACACUAGAGAAGGAGAGUUUCUAUCAUAUGAACAUCGGUUAUCAACGACAAUUGUCGUUCAUGAAUCUCGAUGGAUCGUUUAGCUUCUUCCGCACCGACUGGAAUCAAUCAAUGCCGAGUGUCUGGCUUACGGCGUUCUGUGCGCGAAUCUUUCAAGAGGCCAGCUUCUACGAGUGGGAAAAUUAUCUGUACAUCGACCCCGAUGUGAUCGUGCAGGCGAUCUCGUGGAUACUUAAGCACCAGACGCCGGAGGGUGCGUUCUAUGAGGUGACCUGGUUGCCAGACCGAAAAAUGAACAGCACACUAUUUAUGAGGGAGGACUCGACCCGUUUCAGGAACAUCAGUCUCACAGCGCACGUACUUAUCACGCUUCAGAGUGUCAAAGAUCUUACUGGUGGUCUAGGUUCUCAGGUGGCCUUGAGCGCGGCCAACGCCGUCAAAUGGCUCGAACAAAACUUGAAAGUACUAGAAAUGGAAAGCAACCCCUACGAGAUAGCCAUAACGGCUUACGCACUCUUGGUGUCGAAGGCCUCGAUCGCUGAGCAAGUCUUUCAUAUUCUAAUGAAUCAUAAGCAUUCGGAAGACGGACUAAUGUAUUGGGGUAGAGAAUAUAUACCAGUUCCAAACUUCAAGACGGAGAAUCAAAAACCCUUUUUACUGCCGCGUUUACCCUACACAUAUGAUGCAGAGAAUAUAGAAACAACCGCGUACGGCCUGCUCGUACUUGUCGCCAGGCAUGAGCUCCAACUAGAGCCAAUAGUGAAAUGGUUAAACGCGCAGAGAUUGACGGACGGCGGGUGGGCUUCCACACAGGAUACCGUUUGGGCUAUGAAGGCGUUGAUGGAAUACACCGUAAGGUCGAGGAUCAGAGAUGUGAGUUCGCUCACGGUGACGGUAGAGGCCACCUCUCUGCAUGGAGAGAUAAAAACGCUGGUUGUGAAUAACAAUAAUCUGGCGAAACUUCAAACCAUCGAGAUACCGGAAGCAUGGGGAACCGUGAAGGUGCAGGCGAAGGGCGCAGGCUACGCUAUACUGCAGAUGAGCGUGCAGUACAACGUGGAUAUCCAGAAAUUCCAGACAAAGCCGCCGGUCAAAGCCUUCGAUCUAGUCACCAGAGCGAAUUUCCACGGCAGAAAUCAGUCUCACAUAUCGUACAUCAGUUGUCAAAAAUGGACGAAUAUCAACGAAUCCGCGCGCUCUGGUAUGGCAGUGUUGGACGUUGGUAUACCGACUGGUUACAUAAUCCAGCAGCAAAACUUGGACCGAUACAUUCUGUCGAAACAGGUGAGGAAUCUUCAGAGAGCGCGCUUUCAAGACAAGAAAGUGCUUUUCUACUUCGAUUACUUGGACAGCGAAGAGACAUGCGUGAACUUCACGAUAGAACGUUGGUAUCCAGUCGCCAAUAUGUCGCGAUAUCUCGCCAUCCGCGUUUACGACUAUUAUGCGCCAGAACGCUUCAACGAAUCUAUAUUUGAUGCACUGCCCACGUACACGUUAAAUAUCUGUGAGGUUUGUGGUAGCUCGCAAUGCCCGUACUGCCCGAUUUACAACGCAGCCACACUUCUAGCCACGCCGGCAGGUUUCUUGCUUGUCGCAUCGCUCAUAGUGACAAUAACGAGGUAUUUCCGAACGCAGCAAUUCAAUGUCGGCUAGCAACUCUGCGCAAAUGUUAUAGCGUUCGAUCCUUGUCCGACACAACGUCCGUUUCUAUCGUCAUGAUUCACCAUCGCUGACGAACCACAAACAUACAGAACGGUACGUACAAUAAUGAGAAGCGUAAUAGAGAGGUAUUCACAAUUUUAUUUCUGACGAUUUGAAAAGUCUGUCUUGAAUAAGUGAUCCAAGAGAAUGAUUUGCAAGAAACAAUUCGAUGUCCUAUUAUGAAAUAAUCGUAUUAUCAUGAAUCUCAAAUUUUCUCUUUCCGUCCAAUGGAAAUAAGUAUUUUUAGCUAUUUUGGCAAGUCAUUAUUUAUAGCUAUUUUGGCAGUUCUUUUCAAGUUAUAUUUAUGAUAUCAAAGGUCUAUCUUUGCCGUGAAUAUAGUUUUAUAUAUAAUAUUUUUCAUAAUUUAGAAAUUUCAGGAUCUUUUUUAUAUAUAACAUUUUUCAUAAUUUGAAGAUGUCAGGAUCUUUUUAUAUAUUAGGUAACUUAGGGUAAUUUUGGAUAAUUAGAGAGAUCUUGGUUGUUUAAAGAGAUUCUCUUUGUGUGAAAUUAAUAUAAUGAUAUAUCUUAGGACAUAUAAUCUUUAAAUUGGUAUAAAAGAAAGGUACAACUCUUUGAGUAUAAUGAAAUGGGCUUUUCGAAUAAGAAUUCGUCGGUUGCUGACAUAAGCUUGAUAGAUAAUGAUUUAUAUUAUCAUUGAUACGUUAGUGACGUAACGUUGAUUUCGAUAUAUAGGGCAAAUUUUUUAAUUCAUCGAUGGGUCUAUCGCAUGAUGCGCAGAUACAGUAAAACGCUGUAUUUGCGCAUCAUGCGAUGGAUCCAUCGAUGAAUUAAAAAACUCGCUCAUAGCCGAAGCUCAGAUGUCUGAAUAUAGCUGUCAUAAUCCUUCAAAUCAUACAAAUGUCGAGAUCUCCCAUAUAUCGAAAAGUCCCUAAAUUACUCUACUUUUACACUUGGAUGAUAUGCCAAGAAAUCGUAUUAUCAACAGCGAACAAUUGAUGUUAAUUUACCUACCUACCCAAGAGAUAAGCUGCAACAAGUCAGAAACAUAAUGUAUUUACUUCUAGAUGCGAGAAAACGCACAAACUUAUAUCGUAAUAUUAUGAGACUGCACGGUAUUGAAGUAAUCGUCCUCGAGAAUAUUGACGCAAUUUCGAAAGUUUUGCGCGACAUUUGCGAUUUUAAUAUUGUUAUAACGAUUAUUAUUAAUUUUUAUAAAUAUUAUAAUAUCCGUCCCGUUUUUAAAUCUUAGCAAGCAGUUAAAGUUAUAUAUAGUGAAUCACAAAACGGCGGUUUUGUGAAAACUGAAGUUGCAGCGCUUUAAGAUGUCAAAAUUGAGAGGCACUGCUGACACAUUCGCGCAUCAAUUGGUUAUAAUAAGAGCCGAAGCCACAGAGUAGGCACAGUAGAAUGCAUAUGAAAUACUUGAUUGUUCAGAAAAAAAAGUAAAUUUAUAUUUGCCUUUCUGGCUUGAGAUGUAUAUUAACCCUUAGUGGCUUAUGUGAAAAACGGCACCACAUGUGGCCCUACAUGGGUCUUUCGAGUUCGGCCCUUUUAUCAUAUCUUUAAAGUGCAGGACUGUCAGCGAUUCCAGGGGAAGAAAAGGGGAAAAAGUAACUUUUUUCACAAAAAAGUGACCAUAAUUAACCUUUUCAGGACGAGAGACAUCUUUUAAUGUUCUACAGCCUUCAUGCAUGUAUUUCAGAAAUUAUCGAUCCGAUAUUCACAAAAAUUGGUAUGUAGGGUCUUUUUGGGGUGUUCUUUCCAAAUUUGAAGUAAAAAAAUGUAAAAUUCAAGAUAGCGGAUUAAAAUAUUGUAAAUAUUUGGCAUGGUAUUGAUGUACGUACCAAAAGAAAACACUCAAAGACCCAGUAAUCAUAUCGAGGCCCCACAUGUGAUUCAUUUAUGAUUCAUACAUAGUAUAUAUAUGGAUCAUGUACGAACCAUUUCGCAAGGGUGAGCACAAAUGAGCAGAUAUGAUAAAGUCGGGUCAGAUUUAAACAUUUUUUUCUUGAUCAGCAUUUUGAAUUUCAAAUAUUCGAUUUCAGUUCGAAAGGCUCGUGCGAAUUCUAGAACGCGGCAAAAAUACUUUGUCUGCACAAAGCUCUUAGGGUGAAAUUACAUGCAAAGUAAAAAAGCUGCGGAAUAGAGAGCUGAGAGAGACGCAUCUGUAUGUAAAUUAUUUAUAAUAUAUUUUCAGCUUAUAAAUGAAAAAAGGGAAAAAGUGACCAAAUUUGAAAAAGGUGACUAUAAAUGAUCUCUUGAAAAAAAAGUGACAAAAAAGGAAAAAGUGACUCGCUGGCAGCCCUGAAAGUGGCUCGAAAAAUCUGUAAAAAUUCACGGAUAUACUUUUAAGUUUCUAGAACAAAUAUCUGUACUUCAUUGUGCAAAAACCUAAAAUGUAAUAUAUCCGGGACUCUUUAACGUGCUGAGAAAUUUCUAUGAAUAGAAACCAUCCAGACUCGAAAUACCUAUGUAGGAUCACUAAGAGUUAAUUAUAAUACGAUGACAACCUGAUUUUGUCAGUUAUAAUUGCGUUGUCGAGUGACUUCAAUGCUCGAAAUGCGUCUAAACCGUUUUGUGACUUACUGUAUACGGUUAAGGCAUUGUACUCUUGGAGGCAAAGCAUCUCAAGUACAAAUCCAGCGUAAUAGUCGUAGCCGGCGACUUUUACGCAGAGUUGUUAGCUAUGCUAUUGACCGUUAUUACCAAAACAAUCACGGCGAAAGUGUUCGUAGUUGUUAAACGGAAAGAAGGAAAAAGAGUAUACUGAAAAUAACCGCGCAUAGAGUUUCGGAUCUUCAAUAAGGUGUCGCUUUCCUCUUUCACUCCAAAUAAUUUCCAGCCUGAAGAUCGUUUCACGAUAUUUCGUAGCUUCUACUCUAAUUACGAAAUAGUCGUUCGCAGAUCACGCCUUCGUAGUACUCGCUAACAUUUCUGACUUUAGUGCUCGUUUCCGUCUCAUAUCUUAUCUCUCAAAUACGAAAGAUCAAUCAAAACAAUACACGUGCACACACACAUUAAUUAAUAUGAUCGACUAAUUGUGUAAAUACUAGUAGAGUAUAGGAGACAUAAAUGUAUUCCAACUCGACGCGAGUAAUCGAGUGACAAUGAUACCGUCCUGUUUAUACAGAUUGUUCAUGUGAAUCGGAAAGACCGUAGCGUCUCCGUAAUAAUUAGUGCCUCGGGAGAUAUAAAUCUAUAUGUAUAAAUAUGUAUCUGUUGAAACAAAAAGAAAUAGAGAUACAUCAAAGAUCUAUUUUAAUAACAUAGCACGUAUAUUAGAUAUGUAUAUGAACUUAUGAUUCAUACAUAGAAAAGUUUAUAUAUAUAAGUUGUAGUUACAUAUAGCGUAAUAAAACCGUUUACGCCACCGGUGCUUUAAGGGUCCGUCUCUUGAACGUUACUGUCACAAUUCGCAUACACGGCAACUUUUUACGUUAAAUGUUAAAAUUAUUUAUUACACGCGAUUUUUCCCCCAAAUAUGAAACACCGAUAUUCCGACGGCGGGCCUUUAAAUUGUAUCCGCGUGUGCGUGACGCCAUGAGAUACCGUCCAUGAAGAAGUCUGCUUGGCGCGAUGCGAGUAUAACCCUUAUUUUAUAGCAGUAACAAAAGCAAAUUAUGGAAAACCGCGAUCUCCGCUCGCACAAUCUGUCGAGCGACGGAUCGAGAGAUUAACGAAGGCAACAUCUUAACAUACACGUUGAAUAUACAUACAAUAUAUUUUUAAGUUUUUUAACCUUUAUAUGAAUAAACAAUAAAAGAGAUGAUUUCGUA